AUGGCCCGUCCGUCCGGAGGAAGAGCACGUCCCAACAUCAAAGGAGCCCCUGAUUAUGACGAUGCGACUUACUGGGACACCAAGUUUGCGACCGGCCAGGAUGUGGGCGAGUGGUUGAACUCGGGCGACGCCGCGCUUGAGGCGGUUCUGGCGGACUUGGGAGAUCGGUACGGUGACUCGGGGGUGGAAAUCGCCCCCCGAGCGUUGCAUUUGGGCCCUGGCAUCUCGAAACUCGGGACGAAGUUGCAGGAGAUAUUUGCCAGUCGCGGAUGGUUGAGCAAUGGCAUUGUCAAUGUGGAUUUCUCCGCAGAAGCUGUUCGUCUGGGCCAGGAGGCCGAAAGAAACCAGCACCCCUCGCGCGCAAUACAAUGGAUCCAAACCAAUCUUCUUUCCUGGACCGACGUCGACAGUCUUACCCCCUUCGUCCCCUUCGAUGUGAUCCUUGACAAGAGCACGAGCGACGCCAUUGCCACGGCCGAGCCGCAAGUUUCUCCCCCAUCCCCGGACCUCACUGUCUGCCCUACCGUCCGCGAAAUCGUCGAGCAAAACGGAGUAACUGAGCUGUUGCCGGUUGAGGUGUUGGCAUUACAUCUUGUGCCUCUGACGCGCGUGGGAGCGACAUGGGUGGUACUUUCAUACUCAAUGUCCCGGUUUGAUAAUCUUCGGUAUAUUGGGCGGUAUUGGGAGGUGGUCUCGCGGACGCCAUUGAAAGCACCGACCGGGGGCGUUACGCCUAGUGCGUAUACGCCCGAGGUUUUUCAUUGGCUUUAUACCCUGCGCCGGAUAUAG